AUGGCGGAAUCGCCCAAGAAACGCAAGAGGAGCAGGAAGGGGGACUCUGAUAAGAAGUUUGACUGCAAACAUGAAGGCUGCGGGAAGAGCUACUCCCGAGCGGAGCAUUUGUAUCGCCAUCAGUUGAAUCACAACCCCAAGCACAUAUAUCGAUGCAAGUUCCCCAACUGCACCCGCGCUUUCGUCCGCCAAGACCUCUGUAUCCGCCAUCAAGAGCGUCACAACACGCAUGGAUCGCAGCUCCAGAAACGCGACAGCUUCGCUGCUCACUCCGCGAGGGUCGUUGCGGCCGCUCCCCCUGCUCCUAGCGACACCGACCGUGCAGCUACUACUCCGGUAUCCACAGACAGUGGAGUCUCUCCACGGAAAACCAGUCCUCAGUUCUCAGAGUCCCCCAUCAGCACGCCGAAUCCUGCCUUCACUGGUACAGCGAGCUAUCCGACUCCGUCCUCGUCCUCAGCUCCCCUCGAAGUUGCGUAUUCCACAACCCCCAAUCUGCAACGAAAGCAUGCAGAUCCCGGCGGCGUUUUCGCAGCCCCCCCAGCGCAGCGACCGCCGUUGACAAUGUACGACCCGGCGCAUCGUCAGUCAUACGGACUCUACAGUAACGCUACUUACCAGAAUGUAUCGCUUACUGCGCCGGACGUUUCGUCUGGAGCUUCUCAUGCUCCUGCUAACGUAGGGCUCCACCACUUAUCUGUUCCCGGACCUAAUUCUCAUCGCAACUCAUAUUUAUCACCCCCAAAUACAAUAAACGGCAAUUCUCCAUCCAAUGGGUACAUCCCGCAGCGAAGUAUCCACGUGUCACCUCUAUCUCCCCAUAGCUAUUCAAAUCCACAUCUCGGAUCAACAGCAAGCACCUCGCUUGCAAACGCCAUAUCUAAUGGGCUGGCCACAAUUGGUUCUGUGUCCGCCACAGCAAUGUCUGACCUCGACUCCAUGGCUCCGUACGCACUUCCAGUUUUUGGCGGAGAAACAUUGAACCGUUCUCCUUUUGCUAUGACCGACGAUUUCACGGCGUGGUUGUUCAAUGAGCAGAAUUCUUCGUCGGUGGGCUAUUCGUCCAUGACUGGAAUGCUUUCGAAUUUUUCGGACCCCUUCGUUGCGCAGCAACAGCACCAUUACUACCCAGCAGAUCCAGCGUUUGCUGGUUAUUACGCUAAUGUUAUACAGCAGCAACAGCACCCGAUGAGCGUCACUAGCAUACUUGAUACAGGUCCGCCCCAGUCGAUCAUUUCUGAGGAGAAGCGAACGGAAGUUCUGGAUCUUAUUCAAACACAUUUCAAUGAAAGUGACCAGGCAGCCAUGAAAAACCGAAAAGAGGCUUUGCUGGAGGGUAACCUGGAAGCAGAAACUCACGUUCUUAGUUUGCGAAUGAUGCAAACCUACGUGGGCUCAUACUGGUAUCACUGCCAUGAUCAAUUGCCAAUCCUACACAGGCCAACAUUCAGCCCCAACAAGGCACCGAAUUUACUUCUCCUAGCAGUCAUGGCCCUUGGAGCAGCGACGUUGGAAAGCGAACAUGGACAAGAAGUUACAGAAGCGGCAGCAGACUUCUCGAACUUUGUAGCUUGGCAUCUUCGCUGGGAGAUAUUCAGAGACCCAGAUUUCCGCCCGCCGGCCAGGUUAUGGGUAUUCCAAACUUUACUACUCCUUGAGACGUAUGAAAAAAUGUUCUCUACGCGAGCCUUGCACGAGCGUGCACACAUACAUCAUGAUACGACGUUGACACUAAUGCGACGUGGGAGCUCUCUCAUCGGUAGGUCCGCAUUGGACUCUCCGCCCAGCCCGCCGGAUGACGGGCAAAAUAGACAUAGGGCCGUCUCUGGAACAACUUCCGCUUCAGAAACAACUCCAGGAGAAGAGUCUUGGGCGCGAUGGGUAAAAGCCGAGGCUACUCGCAGGGUGGCAUUCGCAGCAUUUGUCCUCGAUACCAUCCAUGCUACGAUGUUUGGUCAUUCUGCUAAGAUGGUUGCGCAUGAGUUGCGACUGCCGCUGCCUUGUGAUGAGGCGCUAUGGUCGGCAACGAGCGCAGCUGAGGUCGCAAGGGUGCAGUCGAGCUUGACAUCGAAUGGGGUCAAGCCGACAUUAUUCCUAGACAGUUUAAAAAAGACUCUCAACGGACAGAAUGUACGCACUAAUUCAUUCGGCCGGACGAUUAUAAUGGCAGGAUUAUUAAGCGUAAGUUGGCAUAUGAAUCAACGCGACCUUCAAGUCACUUCCCUUGGUGUAUCCCACACCUUGGGAGGACGAGAUAAAUGGCGAUCGGCGCUUCUUCGUGCGUUUGACAACUGGAGACGAGACUUCGAUGAGGCACUGAUAGCGUCUGGGCCGGCCAACUACCCUUUCCAUAGGAAUCCGCAUACUCUAAACGGUGACGUCUUCUUUGAAUCGCGCACGGUGUUGCAUCAUCUGGCUCAUAUGGCAUCUCAUGUGGAUAUUGUUGACUGCCAGAUUUUUGCCGGUGCGAGUCGUCUCCUUGGUCGCUGCAUCACUCCCAGAGAUUUCAGCUCGGCACGGGAAAAGAUGACCGACCGCUGGGCCACAAAAGCGCCAGCACGAGAUGCGACGUUUUACGCUCUCAAGUUCCUGUGCCAAGUACUUCUACCAGACAGGGAUCAAUCACCACGCUGCAGCCACUCUGCCUAUAUCAACUCUACAGAAUACUCCGCCCGCAACGACUUUCUCCUCAACCGUCCAUGGGUUUUAUACUUUGCCACUCUUGUUGUGUGGUGCUACGGGUAUGCGCUGGAUGGUCCAAUUACCCCGCCCGUACCCGAGCUAGCCUCCGCCGAAAGCCAACGAGAGGACAUGCUCGCGUUUCUGGACAACGUUGGAAGCGUACAGAGUCCUGAUGACCUGGGAAAGGUUCGUGAUCGGAAUCGAUGCAUGGGACUUCUGAUGGUUCUUCGAGAUAGCUUCUCGAAAACGCGCUGGGAGCUCCUCAACGAGGCUGCCAAUUUGCUUGGGAGCUGUAUUGAGAAGCUAAGGGGCUCAGCAAAUGGGACGGGGCGUUCCUAG